UUUUGUAUUUGUGGAAAGUGGAAACUUUUAAGGAAAGAAAGAUAGGGAACGAUCGUAAGAGGAAGAAAGCUUCGGCUUCAUCGGAUCGACCAGAGAAGCAACAGCAGCAGCAGCAGCAACAAAGUAGGAGAAUCCAAAUGUCGAACUCCAAUCAAGUGAGGGCGUCCCACAUCCUCAUCAAGCACCAGGGUUCCAGAAGGAAAGCUUCUUGGAAGGAUCCAGAAGGUCGCAUCAUCAUGAACACCACCAGGGACACCGCUGUCUCUCAGCUCAAGACCCUCCGUGACGACAUCGUCACCACCAAGGCCAAGUUCGACGACCUCGCCUCUCGCUACUCCGAUUGCAGCUCUGCCAAGCGCGGUGGCGAUUUAGGUCCUUUUGGCAGAGGGCAGAUGCAGAAGCCUUUUGAAGAAGCAACAUAUGCUCUGAAAGUGGGAGAGAUUAGUGACAUUGUGGAUACCGAUAGUGGUGUCCACAUAAUCAUGAGAACUGGCUGAUCGUUGAUCCAAACACUCUCAACAUUCUAUUUCUACAGAUCAGCUUUUCUUUCCAAGUUGGUUUGUGCUGCGUAUCCAUUUGGGGAAGUUGAGCCAUGUUAUUACACGCUUAUAUGGCUAAUCAGAGAGCAUUCUUUGUGAUCCACUCUCAUAAAUUCUUAAUUACAUUUUGAGACUGUAUUUGAAGGUACUUGUAUGGAAACGAUUCAUGGUCAGCAAUAGCUGUUUUUGCCUGUGUUUCUAAUGCAGACACUUCGAUUAUUAAGAAGUAAUUUGGUUGGGGUUAAAAGGCCAGGAUUUCACCAAAUAAAAAAGAUGUUCUUUUUGGGUCU